AUCUGCGCUCAGUUCGCCUUCGCGUCGUAUUACAGGUGGGAAAUUUUUGCCGACAUUUUUUCUCGCGCUUCGAGCUGGUGAGAUCCCGACGGUACCAGGACCCGCAAAAAGGUGCACGAGACUCGCUGGCGUGAACCGCUAGUGGUGGACAGUGGAUUAUCAAUGACGUCACGAAGAAGGACAGUCUGUGAUUGGAUGUGUGCAAGGACGGUAAAAUGUGGACUGUGCGCAGUGUUUUUAUUUGUGAUCGUUUGGACUGAGUUACUGGCGUCUGGAGCGUGCUCAACACUUGCCAUUAGUCCUUCCAGCGCAGCUCGGAUCUCCAGGCAGAAGCGGGCCUCAUCACAAGAAUGUGGAGGAAACGUAACAGCGACGGGCAAACGAAACCAGUUAACGAGUCCGAAUUAUCCUGACGGGUACAAGUCGAAGCAGUUCUGCAAGUGGACGAUCAACGGCGACGGAAACAUCACGCUAGUCUUCAAAGUAUUCGAGAUAGAAGAGUCACCGUCGUGCGAGUACGACAACGUGGACGUCCUCGCUGGUCUUCCUCCUCGAUCCCUGGGGAAGCUAUGUGGAUCUUCUCGGAAUAAAACCAUCGUCACAAACUCUUCCACCGUCACCGUCAUCUUUAAGUCGGACGAUUCUUACGAAGAAAAGGGAUUUCUCAUGGAAUAUUUCACAGACAAUCCGCAAGGAAGAGUAGCCGACCAGAGCUGCCACGACACAUUGACUGCCAACGCUGGGAACGUGACCAGUCCCAACUACCCUCUGCAGUACCCGGACAACAGUACGUGUUGGAUACUGAUCAAUGUACGACCAGGUAACGUCAUCGUCAUGAGAUUUAAAGAGAUUGCCCUCGAGUUCGACGAGACCUGUUCCUUCGACUUCGUCGAGAUAUUCGACGGUCCUUCAGAGGAAUCUCCACUGCUGGGCAAGUUCUGCGGCAAUUCUCAGAAGCGAGUAUUGAGAUCCAUUGGCAACAACGUCCUCAUCCACUUCAGGUCUGACGACCUGCUUAACAAUCGUGGAUUCCUUUUGGAGUACGAAGCCGACGAUGGCGGCAUUCAUGCCAGUUCCGAAGGCGCGUGCAUCUUAAAGCGGGACGCCAAAAACGGCACCAUCACUUCACCAAACUAUCCGAACCGUUACUCUCCCAGUUCCAACUGUGUUGUGGACCUGGAAGCGCCCGUCGAUGCCCGAGUUGCAUUGCACUUCGAAGACUUUUCCCUGGAGCCCGACAAGAACUGUAGCUUUGAUUACGUGCAGUUGUGGGAUGGACAUGCCAACGGAAGCUGGUCCUCCAUGGGUCGACUAUGCGGCGACAAAGGAGAGAUGAAGGAGAUCAUCUCCACUCGGAACAAGAUGCGGCUUAAGUUCUACACUGACAAUUUCUCAGAGUUUCGGGGCUUUCUUGCAAACUACAAGCUUGUGGCAAUCACGAAUGUAGCCAACCCACAGACUGUGGAGGACCGUCCACCUGACGUAGUUUCGACCACGGAGCUGAUCGAUGAGAUGCCACAUGACGCGACAGUGGCAUACGAAGACAGCCACAUCAUGAAGUGCACCCCCAAGAUACCCGGUGCCAAAAUCAUCUGGAAAAAAGGUGACGUUGUCUUGAACGGAACAUCACCCUUGCCGAACCUCCACGUGGUGUCAUCAACUACAAUUUGGAUUCGUAAGAUGGACGCUUUGUUGGAAGGCCGUUACUCGUGCACAGUCGUCGACGAUGACCGAGUGGCUACAGGAUCUGUUCUCCUCACGAUGGUAACCAGAAGAGAGAAACCAAAAUGCAACAUCUUCUUCCGCAAAUUGCCAAAGGACCAACAGAUCGCCCACGGAGAAACAGCAAUCAUGCACUGCACCGCUCAAGUUCCCAACCGACCGUCCUCUGAGGUGCAGAUAACGUGGCUUCGUAAUGGUCUGCCUUUUCCCAAGAGCCCACGGUACAACGACCUUGGCAAUGGGCUGGUGUAUAUUAGCGACUCUAUGCCUAAGGACUCUGCGGUAUACACGUGUCGAGCUACAGACAAGCGCUCCAACUGCAGCAUCGAAGAAUCGGCCAUCCUUAGGGUUACUCCGAGGAUCAACGUAGAAGAAAUAUGUGGUGUCCCGUACGCUGGUAAGCCAAGAAUGGAUAAGCCACAUAUGGACCAUGGCAAGAUUGUGGGUGGAAUGGACUCUACCAAAGGAGCAUACCCCUGGCAGGUCAUGUUCUGGACAGAUCUCCGUAAGGCAUUCUGUGGUGGAAGCCUUCUCAACGACCAAUGGGUUUUGACGGCGUCCCACUGCUUCAAGCGAGACGACAUAAAGAUCGACGAAGUGGAAGUCCGACUCGGCAAAUACGAUCAGACUGAAGACGAGCCACAGCAGUUCGUCACGAGAAUCGCUGACGUCCACUUUCACCCGAAUUUCAACGUGAACACAUUCGACAAUGACAUAGCCCUCGUACAGCUUGCCGACCGCGUGACGUUCACAGACUUCAUCCUGCCAGUAUGCCUGGGUGAAGACAGGACCAUAGAGAGAGACUACUUCAGCGGCGACUCUAAGCUCGGCACGGUGACAGGCUGGGGACAGUUGACAGAGACGAGCAGCGCUAUUCCGCGUUACCUGCAGGAGAUACGUCUGCCAAUCGUGGACCAGAAGACAUGCCAGACCAACACGCAGUACCCGGUUACCCGCAAUAUGUUCUGCGCUGGCUACAGACAAGAAAUAAUUGGAGAUGCCUGCAAAGGCGACAGUGGAGGCCCCUUUGUGGUCCAACAAAAAGACCGUUGGUACGUCAUCGGCAUCGUCAGCUGGGGCGUCGGAUGCGGCCGAAAAGAUCACUACGGAUACUACGUCAAAGUAGCCAAUUACCAUGUCUGGAUCAAAGACAAGAUUUUCUAUUGAGAAUCCUCACAAAGGCCAACCAGCAUGUCAUUCAACUCGGACAUUGUAACGUGCAGUUGUUGGAUGACAAAGUCGAGCAAGGCAUUGGCCAUAUGGAUGCCCGGUGCACCUCUGUUGUUGCAGUGACGAGGUGUUAACGCUAAAGUGUCACCGUCCAAUUCAAUCCUGGACCUUGCGGAGAGACGCAAAGCUUGCGCUACUGCCCGCUGUGCGGCGCGGUUGUUUAUCAGCGCGUGCUGUAUGCGUUUCACAGUUACAAACGUAUUCUUACUGUCUAUUCCAGUGCUUCCAGAACUUAAGAGACAAUGCUGUAUUAGAACACGCAAUUCGAUGUCAGAGUAUCAUUCAAUUUCUGACACAUGCGGUUCCAAUCACAGAACGGCAGCCGCUGGACGAGUACAGUACAAGGGUGAUGGCAGUAUUUUUGUAAUAUGUGCAAACCUGCAGUAUUUUGUGCCAGUACUAAAGUAAUACUUUGUGAUGUGCUGAGUAGCUUCGAAACGACUACUACAUUAUUUAUGAAUCCAAUGGAAGACUUUGAGGCCAAGUUCCAAGUACCAAAGACUGCGAGGAGGCCCAUGUGAUGUGAGGACUUGAUGUGAACGGUGUUUGAAUGUUGCGUUCAGUUGGUUUCGUAGAAAUCAGUAAAAAUGAUACGUGGAAAUGUGAAAAAAAAAAAAAAUGUGCGAGAAAAUAAAAGGGUAACAGAAACCUG